AUGUAAUAUUCAUCAGAUCCACAUUAUUUUGAAAUGUCUAAUUAUCCCAAUAAUGUAUAUUAGAUAGAUCCUAUGAUGAAUCCUAUUGUUCCAUAAGCUAAUUUGCCUACUUAGAUUAAUUCUCCAAAAGGAAGUGAUCCUGAUUCUCAAAUAUCAACUAGAAAAUCAUUCCUCUUCCAAUAUUAUGUAAAACAAAUAAUAUAACUUAUUGGGAUCACUUUAAUUUAUGGAAUCAAUUAAAUAGGGUCAUUCUCUUCAAUAUAUUUAUCUGAAGUAGAUAGAGAAUGGUGGGGAUCCUCUUAUACAUAUGAGAAAUUCUUAAAAUAUUAUUCAUAUGAUGCUACACGAUAAGACUAUCUAAAUUGGAUGGAAGAGAGAAGAAGAGAAUUUAUGGACUAUGAAUUCAAUUGGGUUUAUUAUUUUAUAUUGGCUCUUACUGUAUUUUUCACUCUAUUUGUUGCUUUUGCUAGAAAUUAUAGAUGUUUGGUAAAUAUUUUAUCCUAAUAAUAGGCUCAGAAAUAAAGUAUAGGCUUAUUAAUUUAAACAGUCCUAAUAGGAUUUGUAGUAGGAGGUAUAUCUAGUGGUUAUAGAUAAAAUUGGUAACACUAAGGUACAGUCUUUUAUAUUCUUUUUUCAUUGAUAGGAUUAAUUGUUAAUGCUAUUUUCAAUUUAGUAUUAAUAAAAAUUAAUAAAAUUUAAAUUUAUGGAAAAUUAUCAAAAAUAUUUACUUAUUUCUUUUUUGGAUUUAACUUUUUAAUUGCAUUUAGAGAAUAUUAUAGGGUUGAAGGUUUACCAAUACUUGAAUUUGUUGUACUUUAUAGCUUUUUUUAUUUUGAUCAUCUAAAUAAAUCACUAUUAAUUUAACCCUCAGAACUCCCAUCUACAAUAAACAUACUUGAUUUAUUAAGUAAUAUUUAAACUGAAUUAAAUUCAAAUUAAUUUAAGCCCAAUUAAAACUUUAUACUGAUAAAUAAGAAGAUAUUAUUAAUAGUCUCUAUUGGAUUUGGAUUAGUUCUUCUUGAAUUGUUUGGUUACUUGAUAAGUACCUUUGUAUUUAUCAUAAUUACAAUUAUAUCUGUUCUUACUAUAAUUAGUUUUGUUGUUCCUACUUAAGUUGCAUAAUAAGUAUUUUAAUUUAUUAUUUCUAAAGACCUUGGAAAUAGAAGAUGCAAGUAUUGCUGUUAUGAUGACUUAUUUAGAUAUGUUAUGUCCAAUCUAAAAUAUAAUAAGACACAGAAAAAUAUGA